AUACCUUUUGAUGAAACUUAUAUCUUAUACAAUCCUCAUGAUAUUCUAUCUUUGGUCUGUGUUUUUUUCUCACUUUUGCCUAUACUACUCCUCGUUUUCUACUUUUCAUGGUUCGUCACAACAAGAGAAUUAGAAAGCUGUAUCAUGGCUGCUGGGCAUGUAGUUAAUAAUAUCAUAAAUCAUGUAAUCAAGAAUAUUUUAAAGCAUCAAAGGCCAACUUAUUUAGAUAAUUUGCAAGAAAAAUUACCUCUUUUAAGAAAUCAAUAUGGCAUGCCAUCUGCUCACUCUCAAUUUAUGGGCUUUUUCUCAAUGUUCUUCUCAUUAAGGUUCCUAUUACAGUUUAAAAAUUUGACUUUAUUUGAAAAAUUCAUAAUAAUAGUCGUAUUAAAUUCAAUGAGUAUAAUGACAGCGUUUUCAAGAGUUUAUUUAUACUAUCAUUCAGCAGAUCAGGUCUGUGUUGGUUUAUUAUUAGGGUGGCUAUUAGGCUCUAUUUUUUUUUUAAUAGUUUCAUUCCUAAGAGAUUUUGGUAUCAUAAAGUAUUUAUUGAAAAAUUUCAAAAUCUUUAAAAUCUUUUAUUUAAAGGACUCCUUCUAUGACAAUUAUGAUUCAACUUUAAAAACGCAAUAUUCAAAUUAC